AUUCAACUACUACAUAUAAAUUAAACAAGCAUUUGUGAAUAUAUAUUUAACAAAAAUAUAGUACAAACACAUGAAAAUUAUAUGAAGUUGUAUAUAGAGUAAAACCAUGCAGGAGAGGGUACAUGAAAAUAUUUAAAAUAAAUUUUUAGCUUCACAUUUGUGCUUGGAAUCUUGUGAGCGACAUAUCUCACAGUUUAGUUUUGUAAAAAUUUAUCUCAAUGUUUAUAUUUUAAUGUAAAUUUUAAACACGUACAAGUAAGAUAUAAUUUGAAUGUCUUCAACUCUUGUCUCAACAAGAUAUUAUUUUUUUUCAACAAACCCACCUUAUAGUAGAAUAAAAAAAAAUCAUUUAUCAUUUACUAUCAUUUACCUUUUGCAGGGUAUUUAAUUAUUUUAAAAUUUAUUUAAAAAAACAAAAUAGGUGCUUAUCUCGUGCUUCAAACACGUGUAUAUAUUUCUAUCCGCGCUUUUAUAAAUUAAUUUUCGGUUGGGUUCGGUAAUUCUCGGUUCAGUCUGUUAUAAUAACUCUCAUUUUUUAUUUUUUUAUCUCUCUUAUACAUUGUGUCUCUUUUUUUUUCCUCAUCCGAGGAGUGUUUUAUCGUUAUAUUCGUUGGAAGAGAAAAAUAAUAAAAAUAAAAAAAAUUGUCGAAAGCAAACGAGUCAACCAGUCAGUGAAUGCACGCGCCUUUGGUCGCGCGUUCAACCAGAAAACACAAAAUCCACGCUCUUUCAUUUAUCAAAAUUUCUUAAAUUUUUUUUGAUUUAUAUACAAAAUUAUUUAUCUAGUUUAUUAUUACUAUUGUUUUCUUUUUUUUCUAUAAUUUCUCUUUUAUUUACUCAACUCAUCAACAUUUAUACAAUUAAAAAACCAAGUGAUUCAGUGAUGUGAGUGACUAAUGCAAAGUGAUACAAUUACCAAUGAAAUCAUAUUUUUGAUUCAUAAAAAAAUAUUAAUAUUAUUAUUUGAUAAAUGCAUAGUUUGUGAAAAUUUAAAAAAAAAUCAUAAAAAAGAGAAAAGGAAGUGUGAUACAGUAGUGAUGAUAUGUUUGCUUGACCGAAUUCCACGUGAACGUUUCCGCUGAUCAUUCAGCGGACUUUCGCUUUGGUAAAUGGACGCAAUUUAACCAAGCGUUAUAUUGACGCUUGAUUAGAAAAAUAAUAAAUAUUUAAAAUAAGAAAUAGUUUAAACAUAUUAUAUUAAAAAUAUAACAAGGAAAAUAUAUUUUAUAAAAAUCAUAUGUCAAAGUAGAUAUAGUGUUGAAAAUGGAUAAACAAAUAUAUAAAUAAUUUAAAAAAUUAUUACAAUACAAUAAUUAUACAUAUAAUAAUAUGUUGAAACAUAGAAAAAAAUUAUCAUUGGGUAUAAAACGACCCCGACCGAUCAUCAUGAGGGAAAAACGAGGUCGUUCUGGUACAAAAAGUUGGCCUGGUACACCAUACACAAUGUCAAUCACCUCAUUCGAGAUUGAUUACGCGGAAGUUCAUGGAGGUGGAAGAAUGCAUCGUCCACCACAUCCUCAUCCCAUCACGGAUCAUCGUCAAGUCAAUUUGGUUUUUGACGAUACGUUUGAUCAAAGUUCAGCGAGGAUGGAUGCUUUUGGCAUGUAUCAAUUUACGCAGGGCUUGACUGGUAGGCCUGAGCUUUAUCAAAAAUCAAAUAGAAGUAGUCAUUCAAGUGAUACAAGCUCAGCAUAUAGUGGAUCCGACACCAUGACAUCUGUACAGGGUUCUCUUGAUGCAGACAAUGAUGAUGUUGAUUUUACUGGCCUCGUUGAAUCAAUUGUUGAUAGUGAUGAAGAAGAAGAUCUUGCUGAAAGUAUGGACAGUCUUACUGUUAGAGAUACAGUACGUGAAUGCUUGGAAAAAGAUCCAGCAGAAAGAACUGAAGAUGAUAUUGAAAUAUUAUUAGAAUUUACUCAACAUCUUAAAGCAUUUACAAAUAUGACCCUAGCUGUUAGACGUGCACUAUGUGCUGUUAUGGUAUUUGCUGUUGUUGAGCCAGCUGGUAUGGUUGUAUUAAAUGAUGGUGAAGAAUUAGAUAGUUGGAGUGUAUUAAUAAAUGGUGCUGUUGAAGUUGAACAUAAUGAUGGUUCAGUUGAACAAUUACAACUUGGUGACAGUUUUGGUAUAUUACCAACAAUGGAAAAAUUAUUACAUCGUGGAGUUAUGAAAACAAAAUGUACUGAUUGUCAAUUUGUGUGUGUAACACAAGCUGAUUAUUUUAGAAUUCAGCAUCAAGGUGAAGAAAAUACAAAAAGACAUGAAGUUGAUGGUCGUGUUAUACUUGUUACUGAAUUACGUGGUGCUAUUGAUGGUAAUACACGUCGUGGUCAUGUUGUUAUACGUGGUACACCAGAACGUUUAAUGUUACAACUUAUUGAAGAAAAUAGUAUAACUGAUCCAACAUAUGUUGAAGAUUUUUUAUUAACACAUCGUACAUUUAUUGAUAGUCCAUUACAUGUUGCAAAUCAAUUACUUGAAUGGUUUAAUCAACCACAAGUACGUGAUCGUGUUGCACGUGUUGUAUUAUUAUGGGUUAAUAAUCAUUUUACUGAUUUUGAAACAGAUCCAGAAAUGAUGGAAUUUUUAGAAUCAUUUGAAACUGGUCUUGAGCAUGAAAAAAUGCUUGGACAACAAAGAUUAUUAAAUAUUGCAUGUGCUGCUAAAGCACGUACACGUAAUGUUACACUUGCACGUCCAUGUCGUGAUGAAGUAUUAAAUUUUAGUAUACUUGGUGGUUAUGAAAGAGGAUAUGGUAUAUUUAUAUCAAAAGUUGAUAAAAAUUCAAAAGCUGAAGAUGUUGGUUUAAAACGUGGUGAUCAAAUAUUAGAAGUUAAUGGACAACGUUUUGAUCAUGUUAGUCAUGCACGUGCAUUAGAAAUAUUACGUGGUUCAACACAUUUAAGUAUAACUGUUAAAUCAAAUCUUUUACAAUUUAAAGAAAUGCUACAAGUACCAGAUAAUUCACCAAGACCACGUGGACGUGUUAAUAGACCAGAAUUACAAAAAAUACAAGAUCCAAGAUCAAGAUUAUCAACAUUAGUUGAUCCAAUUAUAAAUGGUAAUCAAUUAAAUACAAUGAUUGGUGGUGUACCAUUAUUAAUAACAGAUAAUAAUUCAUCACCAUGUAAAGAUAUUAAAAAAGAAAAUAAAGGCUUUAUGACACUUGGUCCAAGAAAAAGAUUUCAAAAAGCACUAAUGAAAAUGAAUUUAUUACCAAAGAAUAUUAUUAAUGAUGGUGUACAUCAUCAUCAUCACCAUCAUCACGAUGAUUCAAUAGCACCACCACAUACACCACCAGGUACAACACAAACAUCAACAACAACAGCAACAACAACAACAAAUUUAUAUCAUUCACGUAGUAAUCCAGAUUUAACGUCAUUAUAUUGUUAUGAUGAUAUACGUUCAACUGAUUAUCCUGAGCAUGUUUUAAAAGUAUAUAAAGCUGAUCAAACAUGUAAAUAUUUACUUGUACAUAAAGAAACAACAGCACAUGAAGUUGUUAUGCUUGCAUUACAAGAAUUUGGUAUUACCGAUUCAAGUUCAAUGUAUUCACUUGCUGAAGUUAGUGUUGGUGAGGGUGGUAUGAUUAAACAACGUAGAUUACCAGAUCAAUUACAAAAUCUUGCUGAAAGAAUUGGUCUUAGUUCAAGAUAUUAUUUAAAAACAAAUGGUAUUUCUGAAACACUUGUUGCUGAUGAACAAGCACCAGAAUUAAUACGUGAUUCACAAGUACAUUUUUUACAAUUAAAUGCUGUUGAAGUUGCAAUACAAUUAACAUUACAAGAUUUUAGUAUAUUUCGUCAAAUUGAAUCAACUGAAUAUGUUGAUGAUUUAUUUAAACUUGAAAGUAGGUAUGGUGUACCUAUGUUGAGUGAAUUUUCUGAACUAGUCAACAGAGAAAUGUUUUGGGUUGUAACUGAAGUUUGUUCUGAACAUAAUAUUGUUAGAAGAAGUAAAAUAAUUAAACAAUUUAUUAAAAUAGCACGUCAAUGUAAAGAAUGUAAAAAUUUUAAUUCAAUGUUUGCUAUUAUAUCUGGUCUUGGUCAUCUUGCUGUAUCAAGAUUACGUGCAUCAUGGGAAAAAUUACCAAGUAAAUAUCAAAAAUUAUUUAGUGAUUUACAAGAAUUAAUGGAUCCAAGUAGAAAUAUGAGUAAAUAUCGUCAACUUGUAUCAUCUGAACAAACACAACCACCAAUAAUACCAUUUUAUCCAGUUGUUAAAAAAGAUUUAACAUUUAUACAUCUUGGUAAUGAUUCACGUGUUGAAAAUCUUGUUAAUUUUGAAAAAUUAAGAAUGAUUGCUAAAGAAGUUAGAACAUUAACAAAUAUGUGUUCAUCACCAUAUGAUUUAUUAACAAUGCUUGAAAGAAGUGGUCAACCACCAAGUUCAGCAAUGGUUGCACUUAAUCAAAUGACAACAGCAAAUCAAGGUGGACAAACAGCAACUGUUAAAAGAAGAAAAAAAUCAACAGCUACACCAAACCCAAAAAAAAUGUUUGAAGAAGCACAAAUGGUUCGACGAGUUAAGGCUUAUCUUGCUAAUAUGAAAGUUAUUACUGAUGAAGAACGUUUACAUGGUUUAUCAGUUGAAUGUGAACCACAUGCUGCUACAGUUACAGUUGCCGCAUCAGUACCAAUGGGUGGUAGUAGAGGAAGACGUCAUCCAUCACCAACAUUAUCAACAACAAGUAGUGCCAGUAGUACAAGUGAGGGCAGAAAAAGUAUUCAAGGUACAAAGUUUGGAGCAGCAUCACCACAAGCAGUGAGAAAAAUGCUUGCUCUAUCAGAUCCACAUAAAACAAGACCAUAUCAACCAAAACAUUGUCCACCUGCAUUACCAGUUCCUGGUUUAGCACUACAUUCCAGUGGACUUGAACCAAGUCCUGGUGCACCACGUCGUGUUGGUUCUGGUAGUCGUGUACCAAUGCAUGAAAGAUCACACAGUGAUACACCAUCAAGUUUACCACCACCAGUUGAUCUAAGUGCUGAGAGUAGUAGUGUAACAAGUCUCAGUAAUUUACAACCACUUAGAAAAACACUAACAAGUGGUUCAGUGACGAGCAGUGAUAGUGGUCACAGUACACAGCUUGACAGUCACAGUGGAAGCAGCGUGGAAGCUGGUGGAAGUCCGCCACCUACCCAAAGGCGGCAUUCUUCCAUGCAAGGACCAAUGCGAGGUGGACUACCUCCAUUUCCCCAUGCAGUCGCAGUGUUACCUCCGCUUCCUGUCAACCACAAUCAUCUUCAUCAUAAUGCUCACCAUCAUCAACACCAUUACGACCAACAAUCCCAACCCCCCCGAGGUACUGGCAGUACGGGAAUUGGAUUGGGCAUGGGACUACAUGGAUCAUUGCAUCAAAGUGGAGGUGGUACAUUUAUGAUGACAAAUAACAUGAUGAUGGGAAGUAAUGGAAUUAUGAUGAGACCGGGACUUGGAUCUGUUGGUGCAUGUCGUCAACCACCAGCGUACAAAGUUGCUGCACAAAUGGCUAGAUUGCAUAGACUUGGUCGUGCUCACAGUCAUGAAGGAGUUACUUAUCGCACCAAUCACGAGGAUGAUGAUGAUGAUGCUCAAGUGUCGGCUGUGUAAAUAUAACUACUAAUAUUGUGAGGAAUUAAAAAAAAAAAAACUUCUUCACCGUCCUUAAUUAAUUUUUCUUCUGUCGAUAUUUGUCUCUAUCAAUUCGACAAACACAAUUGUGAUUUAUAAAUUGUAUUUUAUUUUUUAUUUUUUCACUCCGAGUACAAUGAAGUUGAGUACAAUAUUGGAAAAUAAAAAUUAAUAUUAUUAUCAUAUUGAUUUUUAAAUGUACGCGCAUAUGUUGUGCAUUGUUUUAAUGAAUUUUUCAUUUUGCAAAUUUGAUCCAAUGAAGCUCAAGAUUAAUUUAAAAAAAAUACAAAAACAAUUAAAUUUUGCAUUUUGAAUUGAAGAGAAAAAGUAAUGAAUAAAUAAAUCAAAGCUUUAAGUUGUAUUUGUCAAUAUAAAUAAUGAUAAUAAAUUAUUCAAAUAAUAAUAAUUUGAUAAAUUAAAUGUCAUUAAAAAGGCAAUAAAUAAAUUGACCAGUAGUUAUUGAAAUUAUUGACAAAUAAAAUAAUUAAAAUAAACACACAAAGAACAAAUAAUAACAAGUAUAAAAAAUAAUAACAAAAGAAGAAAAUUAAUAAUUAAGAACUCGAGUAUAAAAUGUUAACAUAAAAAAAAAUCUACAUUAAUGUGUAAUAAAUUGAACCCAAAGAUGUUAUAUAUCGUGUAAAACAGUUGAUUAAAUUAUCAACAAUCUGUAUAAUAUUUAAUUUAAGCUUAGGCCCUUUUAAAAACUCCGUAGUUACAUAAGUUGGUGUAAAUAGAAUAUUAAAAAAAAAAAAUAGAAUAAUAAUUUUUAAGGCCAAUGAGAAGAUUCUAGAAUUAAGAGCAGAAAAAAAAAAAAGAAAAAAAAACA